ACUCGUUCGGCCGUCGCUGCCGCCAUUUUGUGAGCUGUUCGUACCGCCAGUGCGGAAAGCUGUCUUGACGCAGUACUGCUCAUCGACAACGAGGCGGACUGGCAGCCCUGAGUGUCGCAGUCAUGCCGGCCGGACCCGUGCAGGCGGUGCCUCCGCCGCCGCCUGUGGCCACGGACCCCAAACAGCCUACAGAAGAAGAAGCAUCCUCAAAGGAAGAUUCUGCCCCUUCCAGGCCAGUGGUGGGGAUUAUUUACCCUCCUCCAGAGGUCCGGAACAUUGUUGACAAGACUGCCUGCUUUGUGGCCAGAAAUGGCCCUGAAUUUGAAGCCAGGAUACGACAGAAUGAGAUCAACAACCCCAAGUUCAACUUUCUGAACCCCAAUGACCCUUAUCAUGCAUACUACCGCCACAAGGUCAGCGAGUUCAAGGAGGGGAAGGCUCAGGAGCCCUCGGCUGCCAUCCCCAAGGUCAUGCAGCAGCAGCAGCAAGCCACCCAGCAGCAACUGCCCCAGAAGGUGCAAGCCCAGGUGAUCCAAGAGACUAUUGUGCCCAAAGAGCCCCCACCUGAGUUUGAAUUCAUCGCGGAUCCCCCCUCCAUCUCAGCCUUUGACCUAGAUGUGGUGAAGCUGACAGCUCAGUUUGUGGCCCGGAAUGGGCGCCAGUUUCUGACGCAGUUGAUGCAGAAAGAACAGCGCAACUACCAGUUUGACUUUCUUCGCCCACAGCACAGCCUGUUCAACUACUUUACGAAGUUGGUGGAGCAGUACACCAAGAUCUUGAUUCCACCAAAGGGCUUACUUACAAAACUCAAGAAAGAAGCUGAAAAUCCCCGAGAAGUCCUGGAUCAGGUGUGCUACCGAGUAGAGUGGGCCAAAUUCCAGGAGCGGGAGAGGAAGAAGGAGGAAGAGGAGAAGGAGAAGGAGCGGGUGGCCUAUGCUCAGAUCGACUGGCAUGAUUUUGUGGUGGUGGAAACAGUGGACUUCCAGCCCAAUGAGCAAGGGAACUUCCCUCCCCCCACUACCCCUGAGGAGUUGGGGGCCCGAAUCCUCAUCCAGGAGCGCUAUGAGAAGUUUGGGGAGAGUGAGGAGGUCGAGAUGGAAGUCGAGUCUGAUGAGGAGGAUGAGAAACAGGAGAAGACAGAGGAGCCUCCUUCCCAGCUUGACCAGGACACCCAAGUACAGGACAUGGAUGAGGGUUCAGAUGAUGAUGAAGAAGGGCAGAAAGUACCACCUCCUCCAGAGACACCUAUGCCUCCGCCUCUGCCCCCCACACCAGACCAAGUUAUUGUCCGAAAGGACUAUGACCCCAAAGCUUCCAAGCCACUGCCUCCAGCCCCUGCUCCGGAUGAGUAUCUCGUGUCUCCCAUCACCGGGGAGAAGAUCCCUGCCAGCAAAAUGCAGGAGCACAUGCGCAUUGGGCUGCUCGACCCCCGCUGGCUAGAGCAGCGUGAUCGAUCCAUCAGAGAGAAGCAGAGCGAUGAUGAGGUGUAUGCACCAGGCCUUGAUAUUGAGAGCAGCUUGAAACAGUUGGCUGAACGGCGUACCGAUAUCUUUGGUGUGGAGGAAACGGCCAUCGGCAAGAAGAUUGGUGAGGAGGAGAUCCAGAAGCCUGAAGAAAAGGUGACUUGGGAUGGCCACUCAGGCAGUAUGGCCCGGACCCAGCAAGCUGCCCAGGCCAAUAUCACUCUCCAGGAGCAGAUUGAAGCCAUCCACAAGGCCAAGGGCCUGGUGCCAGAAGAUGACACCAAAGAGAAGAUUGGCCCCAGCAAACCCAAUGAAAUCCCUCAGCAGCCACCCCCACCGUCCUCAGCCACCAACAUUCCUAGCUCAGCCCCUCCUAUCACCUCAGUGCCCCGACCCCCUGCGAUGCCGCCUCCUGUCCGCACCACGGUGGUGUCUGCAGUGCCAGUCAUGCCCCGACCUCCCAUGGCAUCUGUGGUCCGCUUGCCCCCGGGCUCAGUGAUCGCCCCCAUGCCACCCAUCAUCCACGCACCCAGGAUCAAUGUGGUGCCCAUGCCUCCCUCGGCACCCCCCAUUAUGGCACCCCGCCCACCCCCCAUGAUUGUGCCAACAGCUUUUGUUCCUGCUCCACCUGUGGCACCUGUCCCAGCUCCUGCCCCAAUGCCCCCUGUACACCCUCCGCCCCCCAUGGAAGAUGAGCCUACCUCUAAGAAACUGAAGACGGAAGACAGCCUCAUGCCUGAAGAGGAAUUUCUACGCAGAAACAAGGGUCCCGUGUCCAUCAAAGUCCAGGUGCCCAACAUGCAGGAUAAGACAGAAUGGAAACUCAACGGGCAGGUGCUGGUGUUCACCCUCCCGCUCACAGACCAGGUCUCCGUCAUCAAGGUGAAGAUUCACGAAGCCACGGGCAUGCCUGCAGGGAAACAGAAGCUACAGUAUGAGGGCAUCUUCAUCAAGGAUUCCAACUCGCUGGCAUAUUAUAACAUGGCUAAUGGUGCCAUUAUCCACCUGGCCCUCAAGGAGAGAGGUGGAAGGAAGAAGUAG